UGCAGAAGAUAGUUUAGUCUUUACUCUUGAGUUCCCAAACUCGAAAGUAGCUCGGCUCAAUCCAGUCUCCUACCCGUUACUCGGGAACGCAGUAACUCAGUACUCAGUCUCUCUUUGAGUUGGAACUAUGUCAACAAAAAUAGCCCUUAAAUUUUCUCGAUCCAACCGUAUCUAUCGCCCCUCUGAACCUGUUGAAGGCAAAAUCGUGAUUGAAUCUUCAUCCUCAAUUUCUCACUAUGGAAUUAGCCUCUCCGUCAACGGAUCUGUUAACUUGCAGCAGGUUCGAGGAGGAUCAGCUGGAGUUAUUGAAUCCUUUUAUGGUGCUGUCAAGCCAAUCACCAUCGUGAAUAAGAGCAUUGAGGUUAAACCGUCGGGAAAGAUUGGUUCAGGCACAACUGAGGUACCAUUUACCAUGGUUUUGAAACAAAAUGGGGAAAAAAGUUCGGAAAGAUUUUAUGAGACCUUUCAUGGAACGGAUGUUAGCAUUCAGUAUUUGUUUACUGUAGAUAUAGCAAGAGGAUACCUUUAUAAAUCACUAUCUGCAACCAUGGAAGUUAUAGUUGAAAGUGAUAAAGCUGAUCUGCUUGAGCGACCAGUUUCUCCUGAAAUGGCUAUCUUUUACAUUACUCAGGACACUCAGAGACAUCCUUUACUUCCUGAAAUAAAGUCAGGUGGUUUUCGGGUGACAGGAAGAAUCUCUACUCUGUGUUCUUUGUUGGAUCCCAUCAGUGGAGAGUUAACAGUUGAAACAUCAGCAGUUCCCGUUUCCUCCAUCGACAUACACUUGCUCCGUGUAGAGUCAAUUCUAAUGGGAGAGAAAAUUGUGACGGAAACUUCUUUGAUUCAGACCACACAGAUAGCGGAUGGAGAUGUCUGUCGAAAUCUGACUUUGCCUAUCUACGUUAUCCUCCCUCGCCUUUUGACUUGUCCAAGUGUCUUUGCUGGUCCAUUUUCAAUCGAGUUCAAAGUGUCCAUAGUCAUCAGCUUUCAGUCAGAACUGCCCAAAUUGCAUAAAAAAUCUGAUCCAAGAACUCCAAGACUUUGGCUGGCAGUGGAAACUUUACCGCUUGAACUUGUCCGAACAAGAUGAGGUGAUCGGAAAGACAAUAUUUGGAUAACUUUGUGUAUAAAACGUCAGAAUACAGUAGUAUUUUUUAUUACAUAUUUAUAUCUGCUAUUAUAUCUGUUGCCUACCCGUAUGUGAUUGGUGCACUCAACACAGGCAUGCAAGGGCCAAAGAUUUGUAAGAUAUUAUGAUGCAUUUUCAAUCCUCCGAAUUCAAAUCGUCUUCAUGUUAGCAUAUUGAUAAUUUUAAUGAUGCAGAAGGUUUAACAUGCCUCUGCUAA